ACUUAACUUUUCCCUGAACAACGGAUUGUGUGUGUUAGAUCUUAUUUUUCAUUAAAAAAAAUAUAUAUAUAUAAAUGAAUAACUUUUUAAAAAAGGCUCCGAUAAAGAAUAAAUUUAAAUAAGGCACGAACUUUCCUACACAACAAAACAAUCCAAAACGCAUUCGAAGAGCCACAUCCACCACAUAACCGGAAAAUAACAAACAACGAAAAACAUGCUAAAACGUUUGCAGAUUAUAAAGCCGGUUGUCAGCAAUGGCAUGCGUCAAAAGCUCUCAUCAUACUCAAAACAUAGUCCGGGCCAAGAUAUGAGGCCAGCGGCCCAAGGAAAAAUGAAAUUGGAAUCUCCUACAGUUGUGUCGCUGGCCGAGCGCAAAUUCAGUGAGGGUCAACGUUACAAUGAAUUCGAAUGUGUACGUUGUGAAAAUGUACCAGAAUUUGGAAUAAUGUCAUACACAUUUCGUCAUUUGGUCACCGGAACUGAACUGUGGUAUUUGGAUCGCAAAGAUACCAAUAAUGUGUUUUCAAUAAACUUUCGAACGACACCAUUUGACUCGACCGGUCUACCUCACAUCUUAGAGCAUAGUGUGCUGUGUGGCUCACAAAAGUAUCCGGUACGUGAUCCGUUCUUUAAGAUGCUUAAUAGAUCAGUGGCCACUUUUAUGAAUGCAAUGACCGGUCCCGACUACACAAUGUAUCCAUUCUCCUCCAUGAACGAGACAGAUUAUCGUAAUUUGCAGAAAAUAUAUUUGGAUGCUGUAUUCAGGCCCAAUUUGGAAUAUUUGGAUUUCCUACAGGAAGGCUGGCGCUUGGAGCAUUCAAAUUUGAAAGAUAAAGAAUCCGAAUAUGUUAUAAAGGGUGUGGUGUAUAACGAAAUGAAGGGGGCCUUCUCGGAAAAUUCUUCAGUCUUUGGACAGAAUCUACUGAAUAAUCUAUUGCCUGAUCAUACUUAUGGCUACGUUUCUGGUGGCAAUCCCUUGGAAAUACCCAAAUUAACACAUCAAAAUCUGGUAGAUUUUCAUCGUAAAUACUAUCAUCCCAGCAAUGCUCGCAUCUAUGCUUAUGGUUCAUUUGAUUUGAACAACACUUUGGCCUAUGUUAACGAAGAGUAUUUGAGCAAAUACGAACAUAUCGACAAUUCCUAUAGUCGCAUACCCAACCAGCCCAGAUGGAAUAAGCCUCGUAAUGUGCAUAUAUCCAGUCGUUUAGAUAAUAUGGGAGCACCAUUCGAAAAACAAAAUCAAAUAGCCAUUGCUUUGCUUAUGUCCGAUGUGACAGACAUACAGGAGACCUUCGUGCUCUAUGUGUUGUCCGAGCUGUUGGUCAGGGGCCCCAACUCUCCAUUCUAUCGUAAUUUGAUUGAACCAAAUUUCUCAGGAGGUUACAAUCAAACAACCGGCUUUGAUCCCCAAAUUAAGGAUACUUUCUUCUGUGUGGGCCUGCAAGAUUUGAAGGUGGAUGAUUUUGGCCGAGUGCAGGAACUGUUUGAUGCCACUGUCAAGGAGGUAAUAGACAAAGGAUUUGAUGGCAAACACAUUGAAAGUGUUUUGCAUAACAUAGAGCUGUCAUUGAAACAUCAAUCGCCACAAUUCGGUUUGGGUUUGCUAUUCAAUUCCACACCAUUGUGGAAUCAUGAGGGAGAUGUGGUCCAGAACUUAAGAGUCUCAGAGAUGCUCAGCAAUUUCCGUUCCAAAUUGCAACAAGAUCCCCAAUAUCUGCAAAAGAAGAUGUCUCAUUAUUUUGCCAAUAACACCCAUAGAUUGACCUUGACCAUGUCACCGGAUGAUACAUACGAGCACAACUUCAAGACGGCCGAAUUGGAAUUGCUGCAAAAGAAAAUCGUGGCCCUAGAUCAUGAGAAGAGAAGUAAAAUCUAUGAGAAUGGCCUUAAGCUGGAGGAGGCCCAAAAGGCCCCUCCGAAUUUGGAUGUUUUGCCCUGCCUCAUACUCAGUGAUAUUCAGGAAGCCCCAAAAAUUCAGCCCUUAGAUGUGGUGAAGAUACAACAGGUGCCCACCCAAGUCUGCAAUGUGCAUACCAAUGAAAUUUCCUAUUUCAAGUGCUAUUUCGAUGGUAGUGGCUUGACAAAAGAUGAAAUUCUUUUGAUUCCCCUGUUCUGCAACAUCAUCAACGAUAUGGGCACCAAAAAUUACGAUUACCGAGAUUUCGACAAGCUGGUGCUUUCAAAGACAGCAGGCAUUAGCUUUAAAUUGCAUUUUGCAGAAAACAUCUACGACAGCAAAACCUUUAACUUGGGCGUGCUGAUGACAACCCAUGCCUUGGAUAAGAAUGUCAAGGCAAUGUUCGAUCUUAGCAAGGAGCUGUUGCUUAAUUUCCGCAUGGAUGAAGGGGAGCGUGUUAAAAUGUUGGUGGACAAUUACAUGUCGAAUAUAUCGGUGGGAAUCGCCAGCUCGGGCCAUUUGUAUGCUAUGCAAUCUUGUGCCGGUUUGGUUACGGAUUCGGCCCGCCUAAAAUCACAACUGGCCGGUGUGGAACACAUUGAAUAUAUGAAACAAUUUACCAGCGAGAAUAAUACCGAACAAAUUAUGGCCAAAUUAAAGGCUCUGGGCAAUAAACUUUUUAAUAAAAGUGCCAUGCGCACCAGUGUCAACACAUCUGAGGAGUUUUAUCCCAGUUUUGUUAAGGAUUAUGAACAGUUCCUCAGUGAUUUACCCCAACACCCAGUGAAACAAGUAGAAAAUAAGGUGAAACUCUUAGAACCCAGUUGUCAACACUUCGUUAUGAACAUACCAGUCAAUUAUUGUGCCAAGGCCUUGUUCACCGUGCCCUAUACGCAUCGUGACCAUCCCACGCUGCGCGUUUUGGCCAAACUGAUAUCGGCCAAAUAUCUGCUGCCGGUGGUCAGAGAACAAAAUGGAGCUUAUGGCGCUGGCGCCAAAAUCGGUUCCGAUGGCAUUUUCAGUUUCUUCAGUUACCGCGAUCCCAACUCUACCAAAACCCUUGAAGCCUUUGACAACACCUAUCAAUGGCUGCAGCAGAACAACUCAUUGCUCACUGAACAAAGUCUAUUCGAGGCCAAAUUGGGUGUGCUGCAACAGCUGGAUGCCCCCAUAGCUCCGGGAAAUCAGGGCAUCGAUUUCUUCCUGUACGGUGUCAGCCAAGAAAUGUUCCUUAAAUACCGCGCCCGCAUGCUCUCCGUAUCCAUGGCCGAGCUGCAACAGGUCGUAGAGAAAUACUUCAAGACCUCGCCCGCCUACUAUGGCAAAUGUCUGUUGGGGCCUGAGAAUAAAGAACUGGAGGCUGCGACCAAGCUCAAAUGGAAGGUUAUAAACUAAAUACAUACAUACGUUUUAUAUAUGAUAUUUUUUUAAUGUGUUGGCACAACGCUACAGCCGUUGCGCAAAUGAUGAAAAGAACAUUGAAUAUUUUACAUUUUAUGGUUAGGUUUUUGUAUUUGGUUCGUUAUACAUACAUGUAUUUCAAUGUAAAGCACUCAAGUGAAGACCCCAACCCUUAUUAGUCUAGGAGUGGUUUGCAAUUCUAUUCCGAUUGGGAUGAUUUGGCAUGUGAUUAGCAAACUUCUUCUUUCAAUGGAAAUGGAUGUGCGUACACACCUAUAUAGAAAAUCUACUUUUAGUUAGUACAUAUACGAUAUUCGUUUAGAUUAUAUCUAUAUAUUGUCAUGUAUAAUUGUUUUAGUUUAUCGCCGUUUUUUUUUUUACAUUUAUAGAUAUUAACCAUUUUGAGUUAAUUAAAUUAACUGCAUUAAAAGCAAAAACUCACAUAAAAACCCCAUACAAGGAAAGCCAAAAACACAAAAAUUAUUACUAUUACGAAACGCACUUGUUGCAAAUUGCAAACUGCUCUCAAUUCACCAAAUCAUGAAUUAUGAUUAGUUAUAAUAUAAUAAAAAAAACAUAUAAAUAAUAAACGAAUGUUAAAAAUAGAAUUAAA